GUCUCCGCCCUUACAGUGGGAAGGUAGGCGACAACCUUGGGUCAAAAAUAAGCCCAUGUAAACGCGUUGGCCUAGUUUCGGACAGAGUUAGGGGAGAGUGAAACCCUCUGGCUUCGCAUCAGCGCUCUUUAUUUUUUCGACUUUAGUAGCUAUCUAGCAAACGUUCCUUCUGUACAAAUGUCUAAAAUAGAGUUAUUGAGAGUGUUUCUAAACCAGAGAUUGAUAGCGGCAGCUGAUGAGAUAUUUGGUGUCGUUGAAGAAACGAUAGCAGAGUACCAGGAAGAGGUUUCUCGCACAAAGGAGGAGAACAGGCGUCUACUGAUCACGCUUGAUAUCCUUACUAAGCCAGAUAACAAGUUACAUAGACAAGACCUCCAGCAGCUCACUGUCACUGUGUCUGAUGAGGUGGUUUCCCCUGAGCAGCAGGAGUGGAUCCCCAGUCUGGGGCAGAAGGACCCAGAACCCACACGGAUGAAAGAUGAACAGGAUGAACCAAGGACUAGUCAGAAGGAAGAUAAUCAUUUCAAUGAAUUUAUCAAUUCUUACGGCUGUGUAUCAAGUAGCUAUUAUCAGGACCCAACUCAGUCCUCACAUGGAGAGAGAUACUCUCUACCCAGCACCUCAACUGAACAGAUCAAAACAGAACCUUAUGUAGAAGACUAUGGUGUAUCAGAACCAACCAGAGAGCCUCAGCCCUUCUCUGCAGUAGAUACAGAGUGUUCUGCAUCUCAGAGUGAAAACAGAGGACAUAUUGACAGGAUGGAGAGUGGAGGACCUCUGUCAGGUCUAAUGUUAAAGCCACUCAAAUCAAAGAGAACAAAGACAGUAAAAGGACAAAGUUCUCAUAGUGUUAAGGACAGGAAAUUGAACCAUCUAAAAUCACACUCGAGACCCAGUGUAAGCUGGGAUGCUGCUCCUAGUUGUAAGGUAUGUGGAAAGCAAUUUGACUCCAUGGCUUCUUUAUUAAAUCAUGUGCAAAUGCACACACAGGAUAAAGAACAUCUUUGUGGUGUGUGUGGAAAAUUCUGUCAGUCCACAGAAAGUAUGAUGGAUCACCUACAAACUCACAUUGGAGCAAAGUGUUGUCAUGUUUGCGGUAAAUAUUUUGCUUGGGAUGCUUUCCUGAAAAGGCAUUUGAGGAGCCACACAGGGGAGAAGCCGUUUCGCUGUCAUCAUUGUGGCAAAGGAUUCAGUCAGAGUGGAAACCUGGCUGUGCAUAUGAAGAGCCACUCUGGGGAGAAACCACAUCGCUGCCCUGUCUGUGGCAAAUGUUUCAGCAGAAACCCUGAUCUUACAGUGCACAUCAGGACUCAUACAGGAGUGGAACCAUAUAAGGGCAGUAUUGUGGCCAAGGAUUCAAGCAGAAUUAUCACCGGAAACUACACAUGAAGAUCCACUUGGGAAAACCAUAUCAUUGCCAUCUUUGUGACAUGUAUUUCAGCACUAGCACCCAGUCUAGGGCGUGACCCAGUCUGUCACACCCUGGGUGCUAGGCUUUUAUUCUCUAUUUUGGUUAGGCAAGGGUGUGACUAGGGUGGGCAUUCUAGUUUCUUUAUUUCUAUGUUUUGGCCGGGUAUGGUUCUCAAUCAGGGACAGCUGUCUGUCAUUGUCUCUGAUUGGGAAUCAUACUUAGGCAGCCUCUUUUGCCACAUUAGUUGUGGGUAGUUGUCUUUGUUAGUGGCCUGUAUAGCCCGAGUCAGCUUUAUGGUUGUUUUUGUUGGAGACAUUCUUAAUAAAAAUAAAUGUACGCUCA